ACAUCUCCUUUAUUCAUCGUAUCUACUUCACUAAAAAAAAAAAAACAUGCAUUCUUCUCUAUACAUAGAUAGCAACACCAAUCGACCAUUUAUCUCUUUUCCCUCACCAAUUCCCUCACUCCGUUUCACUCUUUCUUCUCCUCUCUUCUCAUUUUAUUGCAGCAAUGGGUCUAACGAUCUCUCGACUAGUGAGGAUGCUCUUCGCAAGGCGGGAGAUGAGAAUUCUGAUGGUGGGCCUCGAUGCUGCUGGGAAGACCACCAUCCUUUACAAGCUAAAGCUUGGCGAGAUCGUUACUACCAUACCUACUAUCGGUUUUAAUGUGGAAACCGUAGAAUAUAAGAAUGUCAGCUUCACUGUAUGGGAUGUGGGAGGGCAAGAUAAGAUUCGCCCUUUAUGGAGACACUACUUCCAGAAUACCCAGGGACUUAUUUUUGUGAUUGACAGCAAUGAUAGAGAACGGAUUCUGGAAGCCAAGGAUGAGUUGCAUCGUAUGCUGAGUGAGGAUGAACUACGUGAUGCAACACUGCUUGUUUUUGCUAAUAAGCAAGACCUUCCAAAUGCAAUGAGUGUCUCUGAAAUCACUGAUAAACUCGGCCUACACUCACUUCGUCUGCGUCGAUGGUACAUCCAAAGUGCAUGUGCCACAUCCGGCGAGGGGCUCUAUGAAGGUCUUGAUUGGCUAUCCAACAAUAUCUCCAACAAAGCAAGAUAGUCUCUUUACCUUAAUUCACAAACUA